AAGUGGGCCAAUCCGUGACGCAAAUCCUCUAGUCCCGCCCCCUAGCCCCGCCUCCACUGCUCCGCUCCUCCGCUCCUAAUUGGUUCUGGUUUCUCCGCCCGCCAGAAGUCUUCGCCACUCAACAGAGGUUUUACAAAGGCCCAAGUACCCGGGUGAGGACCUGGACGCUGAAAUGAACACGGACCGGAUUGGGCACAUGUGGACUUUAUUUGCAUGGGAGAUCGGGAUUGGCUGGCCUCUUGGGUGGCCCAGACGGUGUUCGUCCGGCGCGUGACCGUCCACUGCCAUGGCUGGUCUGGGGGCUGCUUUCCGCCGCCUGGGCGCCUUGUCUGGAGCUGGGGCCUUAGGCUUGGCCUCCUACGGGGCGCACGGAGCCCAGUUUCCGGAUGCCUACGGGAAGGAGCUCUUUGACAAGACCAACAAACACCACUUCUUACACAGCCUGGCCCUGUUAGGGGUGCCCCUGUGCAGAAAGCCCCUCUGGGCCGGGUUACUGCUAGCUUCUGGAACUACCUUAUUCUGCACCACGUUUUACUACCAGGCUCUGAGUGGAGACCCCAGCGUCCAGACUUUGGCCCCUGUGGGAGGGAGCCUGCUACUCUUGGGCUGGCUUGCCUUGGCUCUUUGAGCUUCCUUGUGUUUAAUUUCUGGGUACUUCCUUUUAGAAGUGGAGCAGGGAGGGGAUUAAAAGAGAAAGGCAAAUAAAGAACUUUGGAGUCUU